UCACUCCUCCAGCAGCUGCUCUAUAAGUAGGACAACUUUCCCCGUGCCUUCAUCUUCCUCGCACUUUCUUAGCAAGGACUUUUUUUUGUCAGACACCAUGAGUAAGUCCAGCACGCUGAAAGUAAAGGGCUUGUUCAAAUUAAAAUCACCUGAUAAAGACAGCAAGGAGCGGAAACGGCCGGACUCCCUCAAAGAUGGAGCGGGGACCACCCCCACGGACAAGUUGGGGUCUUUACCGGCAAGUCCCGGUCCCCUCAGCCCGGGAGACAGCGACACAUUGGCCGGGGAUGUUUCGCCCUUUUCCCCGAAAGAAAAGAAGAAAAGGCGGCUGUUGCCGUUCAAGCUGAAACGAAAGAAAUCCAAGCACAAAGAAGAAGGAGGAGAGGUGUUCCUCCACGACACUGAUGAGCUGGACAGCUUCAACAGCCACAUGAGUUACGACCAGAUGAGUGUUUCCACAGAGUGCAGUUUCCGGACUGAAUCGGACUGGGACCAUCAUUCCAUGGAGUCCACCUCCAUGUUCAGCUUCGACAUGACUCAACCAUACUGCGCUACUAAGAAUUCGGAGGAGAAGAGGGGAAUGUUUGAUCGCCUCAGCAAUUUCUUCAACUCAAAGAGAAAGAAGAGCAGUAGUAGUAGGAAGCAUACAGACACAUUAGCUGAUGCAACGUCCCCGUCGUCCCCCUUGUCUCCAUGUUCACCCCAGUCUCAAAAGGAUGAUGGGCUAAAGACUCCAACUCCCUCUCGAAAAGACAGUGAACUAACAGGGCCUCGUAAUGCAGAGUCUGAAAGGGGAGCAGGGUGCGGUGACACCCUCAGCCACAGCUCCAGUCCCAGCGCCUCAAGCAUUGCUUCUCUGCUGACGGAGGGAGCAGAGUUCCCAUUCGCAGAUAGUAACAGCAGUGGCCGAAGCAGUGUGAGGGAGGUGCGUGUGUGCGGUGAAAUGAAUUCUGGGAAUGUGACUCCCACCGCUCUGGACCUUGCUACUACUGCCACUCAUCCAAGUGCUGAUUUGAGCUCAGAACUAAGCUUUGCAGAGUCAGUGGUGGAGGAGGUAAGCAAGAGGCUGCAGGUCAGUUUGGAAGAAAGUACCCUGAAGACUACAGAGGGUUCCAGUGAGGAUAAUGCAGUUAACCAAACCACACUGUCCACAAUUGAAACCCCCCUGUCCAAGGCAGCUGAGAGCCCAAAGUCACCUAACUUAACCUCUAUAAGCAUAGGAUCAAAGAACAUGUCAGUGAAAGUUGGAGAGAAAGGGCACAGCACUGCCAUAAGAGGAAUAAAUUUAGGCUCUCAGUCGUCCACCUCACACCUCAUCACGACUCAACGGGAAGAUGGAGACUCUCCAGAUAUAGCAAGGGAAAACUCAGGAGCCAGGAGGAGGGCUCAGAUAUUCUCUUGUGAAACUGUAGCCCCGCCGUGUAGCCCUGCAGCUGAGAAAGAGCAAGUACCCAGGGGUGAUUCUCCUGUCCAGCUCCACAAAGCCAUAUGGGUGGAAACACACCUGGGAGAGGAAGAGGAAUGGGAGAGGGAGGGGGAGGGGGAGAAGGAUAUAAUGAAAGAAGAGGAGGAGGGCUUCAGAGCAGACUCGCCUCCCGUGCUGGCUAUACCUGUCACAGUAAUUCCUGAGGACGAGUCAGUUGCUCAGGGCACUGCAGACAGCCCUUCUACCCCCUCAGAGACUUUGCUGUCCAGUGGCAGCUUUCCAGAACCUGCCAUCUCCUUGGCACCGACUACAGGGGCGUUCCAGACAACCUUUCCGAAGCCAGAGGAGGCUGACACUGGCACACACUCAAAGCAAAGUUCACUUCAGGAGAAACGCAGAUCGAGAGAAAUCCGUGUUACGCGCAAGACCGUGAAUCUGCCUUCAAAACACAAGGUUUUUGCCCAGAAAGUGUACGUUAGCCCAGAGCCAAGUUUGGAUGGGAAUGAGCCGACGGUAGAGGAGUACAGCAGAGAUUCAGUUUCAAAGACUUCAGAAACAACUGAAGUGAAACCACUUCUAAUCCAUCAAAACAACAACAAUGUGGAAUUUAAAGUGGCUGAGCUUGAGCCACUUCCAGCAGCACACUCUGACACAAACACUCCUGAACCCUUAGUAGAAAAACCAGACUCAGAGGCCUCUGACUUAGGUGAUAUCUCUGCAACCACAGACAUGAACAGAGCAAAGCCACAAGCGGUGGAAUCUGGGUUAAAAGGCCAAAGGACUAACCAGGCUACACCCUCUAAACGAGAUGUUAAAGCUGCAGCAGAAAGUUGGCAUACCACAGCAAGUGGAGCAAGGAGCCCAUCCUCAGCAGCUGGCAUCAAGGCCAAAACUGUGACAACAAAGGCUAAGGCCUCUCCAGAGAGCACAAAAGUGGGAACUUCCAGUGAUUUGCCGCUACAGAGGGAACAUAGCAAUGAUAAAACUGCUUCUGUGUUACCAACAUUAAAAGACAAAAACACCAGUGGCCCCUCAAGUGCAACAGGUUCAAAGUCUAAAAUCCCCAAAAAGUCAACAUCAGAUGCUGAAGUGAAAUCACCAGUGACACCAGAUAAAACAUCAGUGACUGAUGCGUCUGGGUUAGUUGCCACCUCCAAACUGCAGAAACAACCCAAAACCAAAGAAUCUUUGAAAUCUCCAGUAACUAUAACCAAAGCUGGCAGGAAACCAAGUUUUGAAGAAGCCAAGGGAAGAAGAGCCCUAUCAGGAGAAAUUUCUCCCACAAAAACAACACACAAGACAGGAACUAAGGCUAUUAAAGAAACAUCAGAUGCGCCCAGUGACUCUAUAAGCCUGGUAAAUGGCAUGGAGAAAGACCACAAGGAGCAUAGUAUUAAAACAGAACACCCAACUGACAGGGAGAGCCCGGAUGUCAAAAAACAAGGGCAAAGUCACCUGGAGAGUAAUACCUCCCUGGCAUCGAAGAGUCGGUUGCCCAUUUCAUCUCCGACAAGAAAGGGGAAGGAUGAGAUAACUCAAAGUGGAUUAAACUAUAAAAAAAUUACAUCUGGUCAGACAGACUCCAUCAGACCCAAUACAGUGCAGAAGCAGAGCCCAGAGCAGAUAGAAGUAACUUCUGGUGAGAGACCUGGUAGUGAGUCACCACCCCCGCUCUCUGAAAGUCCCAAGAAAGGAAGCAUGCUGUCAACAAGGCCAUUCAAACGCCUCUCUAAAAGAAGCACUAGCCUUGAAGACAGUGACACACCCACCCUGUGUGUCUCUCCACCUCCCACCAAGCAAGAGAAAACUGUCUCUUCGAGGCUCUCCAAACAGAGUGACAACAUCAAACACCACAAAGAUCCGGUAAAGGAUUCAGCGGAUCCCUCGUCAUCUGUAAGCAAGCUUCCUCGAGGUGAGAGAGGCUCCAACAAAGUAAAAUCCAGAAAACAUUCACCGACUCAGAAUUCUGCAAGCACAUGUACACCUGAACAGGAGGACUCAUAUCAGAACACUCACACAGAGACAGCUGUCAAAGCAUCAGAGAGUGUCCGAGCAGAACAAGGGACUGAUAAUCCCAGUGGCGACAGAUUUAAUUUCAAGUCUCCGUUUGCAGGGAAAGACAUAAUAAAACUCACAAACAAUCAGUCCAGUACCAGUGAAAUCAAUGUGAAAGAAGAAGAGACAAAGGAAUUAGCGGAGCGCUUAACCAGUCCUACAACUAAAGAGAUUUCAAAAAUCCAUAGCUCACUUACAGGCCCAGGACCUGAGGUAUCGCCUAGCAGUGUGGUUGUCAGUGCAAGUCCAUCUCAGUCUCCAGUUGCUGAUGUAAAUAAUGCUGAUAGCCAGGGUGGACGGUGUGAGACCAAACAACAAACAAGAGCUGAGUCUCCAUCUGAUAAUGUAUCUCCCAUUCAAAGUGACAACACCACACAGGGACAGGAAACACUGUUCUCACCAAAGAUUUGUCCAGAAGAAGUAAAAGAGACAGACGUUUUAGAGACAGCCCAGCUAAUAAAUAACAUAAAACCACAUUUAAUCCAAGAGAAAAGCCUUCCAGAGACAAAUUCUGCUCAGGAAAUAAAACCAGCUCAUGAGGAUGUAACUGAUAUGUCAGCCAAACCUGUUGCUGUUGAAAGCAUUCACUGUGACAUAAUUACCCACUCUGAUCAGGAAGGUGUUAUGCCCCAUAGUGGUUCACUUAAAACAAAUACGGUCAUUUCUAACGAAUAUAAUGCCAGACAUUGUCUAUCUGCCAACUUGGCCUCAAAAGACCAAGAUGCAGAGCUAAAAGAUGUACUUUCAGCCACUUCUAUUGCUGUUUCAGUUAAUGCUAACCUGGCCAAAACAGAGCAACAAAGGGAGUCAUUGAAGGAUCCAACCACAAAUAUCAUUCAUGAAAAUGAUAGAGUGCCCCCAUUAAGCAGAGAUUUCAUAAAAGAUUUUGAGGUAGAAGAGAAAAGUAAAGAGGAGGUUGGCAGGAAACCAGCAGAGGCUUUGGACAUUCACACAGUGACUGUAAGUGUUUGUGAACCGCCCAAGAAUGUUGAAAAUCAGCUGGACAAAGAGCCUCUUUUUCUGGCAGGAGAAUUUGAAAGUCAGAAGAAAGAGUCCAAACCAAAUGAAAAGCGGAAUGACGCAGCAGUGGAAAGCACUGACUCACAGAACAGUUGCAAAGAGGAGCUCAAGGGCAUAACAAUUAUGGACAAAGCCGACAAAGACAUUACAAAACCAGAGAAACCAACACAUUCAUCAUCACAUGAAAAACAUGUACAGACUGACUCAAAGGAGGAACCACAGACGGUGGUUACAGAUGCCCUGAAAGAGAAGAAGACAGAGGCAGAGGAAGCAAGAAGUGCAGUCCGGGAAAAUAUAGCCAGUGUUGUCGAUACAAAGCAGGAAUGUGAGUUCCUUUUAAAAGAAACUGCAGAGGGUGGCGAUAAGGAAACAGAUCAGCAGAUGAAGGCGUCAACUGUGAAAAAAGUAUUUCUAACCAAAGAUGAGGAAGUUAGGGACAACGAAGAAAAUCAGGAGGGCAAACACAGUGAUGUUGUAAAGAAGAGUCUAAAAUCCAAAAGCACCAAAACUCAGAGUGCUGAAGGGACUAAAGUAGAGAGGGAAACAAAGGAUCCAUCCAGCAAGACUUUACCAAAUGAGACUGGAGUUGCGACGGCUAACUCUGAAGUUAGCAACCAACCGGACCAGAAGUCCACAACUGUUAUUCAACAUGAGGACGUAACAAAACCAGACAAACCUAAGUCAACAGAAUCAAAACCUCUAAAUACUGACCUCAAACAGGAACCAGAAACAGUAAGAACAGACGUUCCAGAGAAGGAAUCAGAAAGCCAAAUUCAAAAACUAAAGGUGGUAAGCACCAAAACUCAGAGUGCUGAGGGAGGUCAUGAGAAGAUGGAAACAAAGGAUUCAUCAAUGAAGAGUUUGUUGAAUGAGAUUGUAAUUGAGAAUGCAAAGUCUGAAAUAAGCACCCAAAAGGACCAGAAGCCUUCAAUUGUCAAAGACGAAUAUGUGGAGAUUUCAAAACCAGAGGAAAACAUUGAUCAAUCCACAGAUUUCAAUGCCCCAAAUGCUAAUUCUGUUGUUUUCAUAACUGAAAAAGCAUGCAAUGAGACUGCUAAGAAAAAGGAACAGAAAAACCUCAUUAAAGAGGGUAGUGAAGUGACAAAGCAUGAUGAUCAGCUGAUGAAGUCAUCAAAAAUAGGUGCUAAGCAGGAGUUGGAACCCAUUUUUGUAAAAGACACAUCUAGCAAAAAAGGUGUUGGACAACAGAAAGACACACCAACUGUUGUUCCAUAUAAAGUACUUAAAAGUUGUAAUGCUCCAAAGAAUGAUGAAGACACCAAAGAAAAAACUAAAACAGAUAGUGUGUUAAAACAGGAACUGCAGACUUUAGGAGAAGAGAAAACCAGAAACGUCAGUGAUCCACAAAAGCCCGCAAAGCCAACAACCAAUGGUAGCAUGUCUCUCGCUGCUACAGCGAAACCAUCCUCUCCAUCUCAAAGUCCUGAGACAAAGAAGGAAUCUCCAUCUAGCUGGUUAGAUGUUGAACAUCAUCAAAAACAGAAGAAGGAGCAUAAGAGAAGACUAGAUGCCUCAGCCAGUGAGGAUGAAUCUCUUGAGCCUGAUGACUUUGAUGAUUUUAUCAAGAGCGUUAAGGAUUGCAGCAUUUCUUUCUCACUACCUCCAAAGAGGCAUAUUUGUAAAAAGCCCUCAUCCCCACCUUUUGCCAUGCCGGCCAUAAAGGAGGACCAUUUUGAGAGAACGUUUGAUCCGGAGGAAUUCCAGUUCGGAUUAAGAAAAAACGGCAAAGGUUUAAGGGAUCCUUCCCCAGCUAUGUUAAUUAAACAAAAAGCAGAGACUAGGGUAGGACGGACCCUGGGAAAACAUACACACGAUAAUGCCAUGCACACAACUAGAGACCAAAUGAAAUCCCUUGAUGAGAUGGAAGGAAAAGAUGGAGUCAAAGAGGGGACACAUAUUGAAGCAGAAAAAGAACAGGGACAAAACAAUGGAGAAGAGCCUGGAAAGCUGACAUCACGACUUGAAAGGAUGUCCAUCCUCUCCAGCUUACUGAACUCCCCUCGAUCCUCCAGGAAGACCAAAGAGGAAGCUAUCUCCGCCUCAAAUAGCACACGUUCAUCUAAUCAACAACAGGACUUGCCCUCGCUUGAAAAGCAGGGAGUUGUUGAUUCACCUCUGCCUGGCGCUGAAGCAGAUAAGGAGGGAGUGAAAGGUACAGACCAAGGCCCGCUUGUGGGUGAGUCAGCACUCAGUCCCUUCUCUCCUCCUCCUUUGCCCUUGUUCACUGAGAUAAAGCUGCCCGAUCAUUUAGAGAAAUAUCUCAAGAAGAACAAAAGAGGGUCUGAGGCCUCCCAGGGCUCUACACAGACGUCUGAAACUAAACUAAAUCCCGAGAGGAGUACUGUGAUGGACAAGGCCUCAGUAGCAGGAGUACCUAAUGUGGAUGUGGGCCUGAAAGACCCUGCAGGUGUGCGUCCAACCAGCAACUCCAGCCAGCAUACUUCUCAAAAUGGACUUUCUACUUCUAAGACUAAGAUACCUGCAGUUAGAGGGUUCCACAAAAGGCCUGGAAAGAUUGUCAUCCAUGAACAAGCUCAGUUUGAAGGGGAAACGUUUGAACUCUACAGUGAUGUAGAGGAUGCCACCACAAUGAAGCUGUCCCCUGUUAUCUCAGUCAGAGUCAUCAGAGGAUGCUGGCUCCUCUAUGAAAAACCUGGCUUCCAGGGUCGUGUCAUUGCCCUCGAGGAAGGUCCCACAGAGCACAUAGUGAAUAUGUGGGCAGAGGAGGAAACUCCAACGACACUAGAUCAGAAGGGUCAGCCUGUACCUACAGCACCUGUGGUCAUAGGUUCUCUCCGAUUGGCAGUUAGGGAUUACAGCAUACCCCGAAUUGACCUGUUUGCAGAGGUGAAUGGGUUGGGGAGGAUGUCGUCUUACUGUGACGACACUGUAGAGAUUGGCUCCUAUGGGAUUCCACAGACCACUGGCUCCAUUAAGGUCCAUUCUGGAGUCUGGCUGGUGUACACUGAUCCAGGGUUUGAAGGCUUUUUAGGAGUGCUGGAGGUGGGGGAGUAUCCCUGCCCAGAGGCCUGGGGUUUCCCUGAGCCCUUCAUCGGGUCUCUCAGACCCCUCCGAAUGGGACUAAUUAGGGUGGAUCAUCCUAAUGAAUUAAAGGCCUUGGUGUUUGAGAAGCCCAACUUUGACGGAGAGUGCAUAGAGGUCGACAGUGAUGUGUACAACUUGCAAGAAGAACCGGGAGAGGAAAAAACAGGCAAACCGGACGACAACAAGAAGACAUUGUCUGCAGUGGGGUCUAUAAAGAUACUAGGUGGUCUCUGGGUGGGCUAUCAAGAGGCAGACUUCGAAGGCCAGCAGUACAUCCUGGAGGAGGGGGAGUAUCCUCACUGCAGUGACUGGGGAGGAUCUGAGGACGGGCUCCUGUCACUCCGGCCUGUACGCACAGAUUUCCUGUCCCCCCAUAUUAAACUGUUCACUGAGCGGCACUGUGAUGAGCUGGGGCUCAACGUGGACUUGAUGGUUCCUGUCUUCAACAUGGAGGAUGUCGGCUACGGUGUCAAAACUCAGUCUGCCAAAGUCAUGGGUGGAGUGUGGGUGGCAUUUGAGAAGCCUGGAUUCAGCGGAGAGCUCUAUGUCUUGGAGACAGGCCUGUAUGCAAGCCCAGAGGACUGGGGAGCCCAGGACUUCAAGAUGUCAUCCAUACAGCCUGUUUUCCAUGACACACUGAUGGGAACAACAAAAUUUAAGGUGCAGCUGUAUUCUGAGCCAGACUUCCAGGGAAGGCUGGUGGCUCUGGAGGACAGCGCAGCAGCUCUAGAUGAGGAUUUCAUACCCAGGUCCUGUAAGGUGCUGGCUGGCAGGUGGGUGGCGUAUGAGGGAGCCCAGUUCACAGAGAACAUGUAUGUGUUGGAGGAGGGAGAAUACCCCAACACAGAGGCUAUGGGCUUCCUGUCAUCAGACUCUACCAUCCGCUCCAUCCAGACCGCUGCACAUGAGCUUUCUCUGCCCUCCAUCAUCUUGUUCAGUAAGGUGGGCUGUAGAGGUCGCAGAGUGGUGUUGACAAAUGGAGACGUGAACCUUCAGCAGGCAGGCCUGGAUGCACACAUACGCUCCCUGGUGGUGGAGGGAGGAAUGUGGGUGUUGUAUGAAGGCAGUAACUACUGUGGUCGACAGCUGCUUCUCCAGCCAGGUGAAGUGGGCGAUUUGUGCGAGUUCAGUGGCUGGCAGCGAAUAGGAUCCCUACGUCCAUUACUCCAGAAGCCGCUGUACUUCCGUCUGCGGAACAGGAAGACGGGAUGUGUGAUGUCCCUGACAGGAACUUUGGACGACAUCAAGCUGAUGAGGGUUCAGGCUGUGGAGGAGACAGGAGGGUUAGAGCAGGUCUGGCUCUAUCGGGAUGGGCUGCUUACCUGCAAGCUGGUGGAGGACAGUUGCCUGGAGACCUCAGGCAGUGUGGUGAUGGCGGGCAGCAGACUUUGUGUUUCCUCGGAGAGAGGCAAAGACAACCAGCUGUGGAAUAUCACCCCGGAUGGCCUGGUGCACUCUCACCUCAAACCUGAGCUGGUUCUGGAGGUCAAAGGUGGUCAUCAUUAUGACAAGAACCAGGUGAUCCUCAACACAUUUGAAGAGACAAAAUUGGACCAAAGGUGGACCUUGGAGAUCCUGUGAUCAGAUGACCAGCUCUCCUGUGGCCCUCACAGCUUUCUACUGCAGAAACAGACACUGCAGUCUUUUGUAGUAUUUUAAUUCUUGUUGAGGAGAGUAACCAAAUACUGGAUCAAUGUAAUAACUAUAAAAACAAAUUUCAGAAUGAGUGAGUAAAAACAUGACUUAUUUUUAGCCAUUUGAUUUCGAACACUGUAUAUCAAAGACUCUAUGCCCUCUCUGUUUUCACUGCGUGAAAACUCAGCCCUGUUUCGAUGCUGCAUACUUUAAUAUGGUACUUCUUCAUGCAUCAUUCGAUUAUAAUGUCGGCAAAUUGAAUGUAUUCUGUACAUUGACAGCUGCAAUAUGAAGUCUGAUGUGUCUACACUCCAAAGAUCUAUGUAGAGUAAGAGGUUUUCUUUUUGUAAUUUCUGUAGAUCAACACUGAUCUAAUGUAAAGUGAUAUCUUUUUAGGAUUUUACAGGUUUACAUUUUUACACAAACUAUACUUUACUACAUUAGAUUGUACAUAAGAAUCAAGUGUAUACAUUUUAAAUUUCAAAGCAGAACUGAAAUAACAACUCUGCCCACUGUUGAUUGUAAAUAUGUGAAUGUAAAAGAGAAAACUGUUACACAUGAAAAUAAGAAUGUGAUUUUCUUUCUUGUGUCUUUUUUAGAAAAUAAAUAACACUGUUUUUA